CGGGCGGGGCCGCGGCGCUCCGGGAAGCGCGGGGCCGGAGGCGGCGGCGGGUGAGCGAGCGGGGCCGGCGGCUGGGCGCAGCUGACGCGGACGGGGAUCCUGCGGAUGGCGCUGGGCGGCGGAUCCGGCGACCCGCUGUUGCCAGCGGAGGGCGGCGGGGACCAGCAGGCGCCCUUCCUGCUGCGGGCCCUGCGCAUCGCCCUGGUGGUCUGUCUCUACUGGUUCAUCUCCAUCGCCAUGGUUUUCCUCAACAAGUACCUGCUGGACAGCCCUUCGUUGCGCCUCGAUGCCCCCCUUUUUGUCACCUUCUUCCAGUGUGCCCUGACAGCCGCCCUCUGCCUGGGCCUCAGUCUGGGGGCGGCCUGUGGGUCCCCCUGCCCCAGCCUGCCCACCCUGCGCCUCGACCUCAAGGUGUCCCGCAGCGUCCUGCCCCUCUCCGUUGUCUUCAUCGGCAUGGUCACCUCCAACAACCUCUGCCUCAAGCAUGUUGGCGUGGCCUUCUACAACGUGGGGCGUUCCCUCACCACCGUCUUCAACGUGCUGCUCUCCUACGUGCUCCUCAAGCAGACCACCUCCCUCUAUGCCCUUCUGGCCUGUGGAGUCAUCAUAGGUGGCUUCUGGCUGGGUGUUGACCAAGAAGGAGCUGAGGGCACUUUGUCAUGGACAGGUAUAUUUUUUGGGAUCUUAGCAAGCCUAUGUGUAUCACUCAAUGCCAUCUACACCAAGAAGGUGCUGCCCGUGGUGGAUGGUAGCAUCUGGCGUCUGACUUUCUACAACAACGUCAAUGCCUGUGUCCUGUUCUUUCCACUGAUGCUGCUUCUGGGCGAGUUCCACACCCUCUACCACUUCGACAAGCUGGGGAACCUCGGGUUUUGGGGUAUGAUGACCUUAGGGGGAGUGUUUGGCUUUGCCAUUGGGUAUGUGACUGGACUUCAGAUAAAGUUCACUAGUCCGCUCACUCACAACGUGUCUGGGACAGCCAAGGCCUGUGCCCAAACAGUGCUGGCUGUUAUCUGCUUUGAGGAGACAAAGAGCUUCUUGUGGUGGACGAGUAAUUUGAUGGUUCUGGGAGGCUCCUUUGCCUACACAUGGGUGAAAGGGCUGGAAAUGAGAAAGGUGCAAGAAGAUCCUAACAUCAAAAACAGCGAAAGAAAUGAGACUGGUGUGUAGGCGGCUCCUGCGCCUCCGUUUCUGUGCCCGGGGGGUUAACCUUUGGUGUACCUUUCCUGCUGAUGAGAAGAGCAAGGAGCAGGAGAAAAAUCAUCUGCCAAGUGUACGGAGAACUGUGUCAGGAACCAGAGCCAAAGAGCUGUCUGGAUCGUGGUUUAUCCGUGGGAUCUCACGCUGUAUUGGAGUUGGAAGCGCAUGUGCUGUAGAGAGUAAUCGGGUUUUUUUGUGACCAUUUUGUAAAAUGGAUGUCACUGUUGACUUAA